UUCGUUCCAUUACCUUCGUUAAGAUAUGUAUCAAUAUCUUACACUUUAACCUAUUUUCACCGCAAUUUUUUCGUUUUAUUUUUUUCUUCUUCAGAAAAGAAGAUUUUUUCGCUAAUGACACCCAGAGAGAAAACUGUGAAUGGAAAUGGUGUUAAAGGAAAGGUUAACGGAGGAGAAACCGUAAAAGAAGUACAUUAUAGAGGUGUUAGAAAGAGGCCAUGGGGAAGAUAUGCGGCGGAGAUCAGAGAUCCUGGUAAAAAAAGUAGGGUUUGGUUAGGUACUUUUGAUACAGCUGAAGAUGCUGCUAGAGCUUAUGAUACUGCUGCUAGAGAAUUCCGUGGAUCAAAAGCUAAGACCAAUUUCCCCUUUCCAUCAUCAUCUCAACCUAAUUUUCCGAAUAAUUCAUCAUCUUCCUCUGAGAUUAUUAAUAUUAAUCGUAAUAAGGAAAAUAAUAACAGUAAUCAUAGUCCUAGUCAGAGUAGUACUGUUGAAUCAACAACCAAUAGAGAAAGAUUGUCUGCUUCUCAGAUUAUUCAUCCUCCUCAGUUAGAUCUUGAUCUGCUUCAUCGCACCGGUGGUGGAUCUGGAGCUGUUAGGUAUCCUUUCGGCCAUCCUCAAUAUCAAUUUCAACAUCCAGGUGGAGUAUUACCAGCAGCUCUUCCUCUGUUUUAUUUUGAUGGGAUUUUAAGACCUGAUCAUCAACAAAACCACAACCAGCAGCGGCUAAAAUUGGAUCUUUCUGUAUCUGAUUUUCAUCAUAAUCAGAUGAACGUCAGUGGUAGUGUUCAUAGUGAUUCUGAUUCAUCAUGUGUUGUUGACAACCAUCAGAUCAUCUCAACUGAGAAAGCAACAACUCUUGAUUUUGAUCUGAACUUGCCUCCUCCAUCCGAAGUAGUUGCUUAAGAGGAUUAUUAGAAAAGCCAGUCAAAGUCCCCGUCGAUUUUUUUCCAGAUAAUUAUCGCCGGCUUUAAUUAUUAAAAAUAAUUUACAUUGCAAUUUUUUAUUGAAGUUUCCUAGACAAAAGAAGCACCCUGGAGGCCUGGAUGUUGUAUAUAUGCAUCGGAAAUUAUCCUUUUCUUUUUUGCAAUCGAGAAAUUCAUUUAAAGAAUAAAUUUCUCAUUGUUGUAAUUUCUAUGUUUCGCCGGUGCUUCUUACUUUGUUGUCAACUAAUUAUGGUCAAUGGAAAAUGGAAAAGAAAAAAUCAUUUUAAUUUCAA